UUUUUUCCGUCAAAAUUGUUUGGAGCUUUUGCGAGCUCUUAUCCUUUCAAUUGAAACAGCAGCCAGCUUCAAGACGAUAACUUUUUCCAAUUCCAUCUCCAAUUCAAUCUUCCCACAAGCAUGAAGCAUCACGUUACGCUUGGUGGGCUUUCGUAAGAUUUCGGUUUUUAUUUCAAAUGUUUCGCCCGAUGAACAACGCAUGAUUCAGCUUCCCAGGAACGAGAUUCAAUGGCUACUACUUUCAAUGUUCUCUGUACACAUACAUGGGAUGAUCGGUUUCAUCUUAAAGUAGCUAAUCCUCCGGAUAGAUUCAGCAGAACAGUGUACUCAAGGAUUAGCGAGCUUAAUGUUAGUGUCGCUCGGACAAAGAAUCUGUCGUUUAGUUGCAAAAGACUUGGUCGGUUUUCUUGUAAUAACGAGAUUAAGCGACUAGUGAAUAGUGAUUAUGGUGAAAACGGUACAAGCAAAGGAACGAGAAGAAGAAGGUUUUCUCUUAGGCUUCGACCUAGGCUACGUUUACUGAGCAUGAGACUUGGCAGAUUCGAUCUCAGAGCGUCACUGGAAGACUUCAGAUUGUUUUUGAGAAAGAACAUCAAAAGAGUGAUCUUAUCCACCGGCGUGGCGGUUAUCUUCGGACUUUGUUAUCUGUUCUUGAGGCUAACCGCUGUUCCCUCUCCAUCCAUUGUCCCUUACUCAGACUUCGUCACGAAUCUUCGAGGCGGUUCUGUCUCUAAGGUUUUGCUCGAAGAAGGUUCUCGUCGAAUCUAUUACAACACUGCUGAGGAGAAUGUUGAGGUUGUUGAAGAUGUUACGAAAGACGUUGGAAAGGUUCGAGCUUUGGCUCCUGUGUGGAAGUACGUGACGAGGAAAGUAGAUCACGAUGAGAAGUUUCUUCUUGGUUUGAUGAGGGAGAAAGGGAUUACUUAUAGCUCAGCUCCUCAAUCUGCGUUGAAGUCAAUGAGAACUGUUUUGUUAACUAUCAUCACUCUAUGGAUUCCUUUAACUCCUCUCAUGUGGCUUCUCUAUCGGCAGCUCUCAGCAUCUAACAGCCCUGCGAAGAAACGACGGUCUAAAAAUCCCACUGUUGGAUUCGAUGACGUGGAGGGCGUUGAUUCUGCUAAAGACGAGCUCGUUGAGAUAGUGUCAUGUCUUCAAGGAAGUAUAAACUACAAGAAGCUAGGAGCAAGAUUACCUAGAGGCGUGCUUUUGGUCGGUCCACCAGGGACUGGUAAGACCUUGUUGGCUCGAGCUGUAGCCGGAGAGGCUGGAGUUCCCUUCUUCUCUGUUUCCGCUAGCGAGUUUGUUGAAAUGUUUGUCGGAAGAGGCGCUGCGCGAAUCAGAGAUCUCUUCAGUGCAGCCAGAAAGAACUCACCUUCCAUUAUAUUCAUCGAUGAGCUCGAUGCGGUUGGUGGAAAACGCGGUAGAAGUUUCAACGAUGAGCGUGACCAGACGCUAAACCAAUUGCUUACUGAGAUGGAUGGAUUCGAGUCAGACAUAAAAGUGAUUGUAAUCGCAGCAACUAACCGACCAGAAGCAUUAGACCCUGCUCUAUGUCGGCCAGGAAGAUUCUCGAGGAAAGUUGUGGUUGCAGAACCGGACCAAGAAGGACGUAGGAAAAUCUUGGCCGUACAUUUGAGAGACGUUCCUCUAGAAGAAGAUGCGUUUCUCAUAUGUGAUCUGGUUGCGUCUCUGACUCCCGGAUUCGUAGGUGCUGAUCUCGCCAAUAUCGUCAAUGAAGCUGCAUUGCUCGCUGCUCGUAGAGGCGGGGAAGCUGUGGCAAGGGAGGAUAUAAUGGAAGCUAUAGAGAGGGCGAAGUAUGGGAUCAAUGAUAAGGAAGUGAAGACGAGGACGUUGGGAAAUGAGCUCAGCAAGCUGUUCCCAUGGAUGCCUUCUUUGGCUGGGAGGAACGGACCUGAUCAAGACGGUUUACAAGGACCCUUAGGUUAUCGAUCUCUUAGCUAAACCAAACCGGUUAGAGAGCAAAUCCACUGAUAAGAAGUCUCUUUGUAUCUGAAUUUUGUUGAAAUGUACGUUUUUGUAUGCGUUCCUAUCUCUGUUUAGUGUUUACAAAGCGUUUUUGAUUAAA